AGGUGAAGCUAUGAAAUAGUAAUGGCUCUGCAUCACAAGGGCAGUGUUUGUGUGACGGGCGCUGGUGGCUUCGUUGCUUCGUGGGUUAUCAACCUUCUCCUCUCUAAGGGCUACCUUGUCCACGGAACUGUUAGACAACCUGAGGAUGAGAAGAAUGCUCACCUGUUUAAACUUGAAAGAGCAGAGGAAAAGCUGAGACUGUUCAGAACCGAUUUGUUGGACUAUGACUCCAUGCUUUCGGCGAUUGAAGGCUGCGAUGGAGUUUUCCAUGUUGCUAGUCCAGUGCCUUCCACCACUGUUCCAAAUCCUGAGGUAGAGGUGGUGGAAACUGCUGUGAAGGGCACACUUAAUGUAGCAAAAGCAUGUGUUGAAGCAAAAGUCAAGAGACUAGUUUUUGUGUCAUCUGCUGCUGCAGUGGGUAUGAAUCCCAAGUGGUCUGCGGGUCAAGCUUUGGACGAAACAUGUUGGUCUGAUAAGGACUACUGCAGAACUAUUAAGCACUGGUAUAGUCUUUCUAAAACAGAAGCAGAAAGUGAGGCUAUGGAGUUUGGAGAAAAAAAUGGCCUUGACGUUGUAGCUGUUUGUCCCAGUCUUGUUUUGGGGCCGAUUCUACAGACCAAUGUAAAUGCAAGCAGCUUGAUUCUGCUUAAACUUUUUAAAGGAGGAAAUGAUGAGAGUGAGACAACAUUGGAAAACACGGAAAGGAGGAUAGUGGAUGUACGGGAUGCAGCUGAAGCAGUGGUUAUGGCAUUCGAGAAAACUGAGGCUCAAGGAAGAUACAUAUGCACCUCACAUCCAAUCAAGACAAGCCAUCUGGUAGAUAAGCUCAGGAUUAUAUAUCCACAUCCCAAUUAUCCCAACAACUUUUUUGAUGUAGAGAAAGAUAUAAGACUCAGUUCCGAAAAGCUGCAGAGGUUGGGUUGGAGGUUCCGAGCAUUGGAUGAAACUCUUAUGGAUUCCUUGAAGAGCUAUCAGGAUGCUGAACUUUUGGAUAAUGUCAUACAUGCUCUGUAAUAAUAUGCCAACUCUCUCACUCUCCUACUACCCUCACACCCAGCUUAAUUUUAAUGGCGAUUGGUACAUCAGCACUACGAGACCAACGUUGGUGCAACCCAAGUGAGAAAUAACAUUUUUCUAUUCCAAAAAUAAAAAUUUGAAUUUCUA